AUGGGGAAAGGGCAAGCACCCUACGAUAUGGAAGAAGGAGACUUGAUCGUGGUAUCCACCACGGUAUACGGCACCAAGGAUGCACCACGAGGUUGGUUCAAGAACUUAGACAACACCUUGCUCACCGAAGGACUUCGGCGAGUUCCCCUGGAGACCGGCCUCUACGUACUUAACGAGUACGAUGAGCAGGGCGAUCCAUGCGUCGGCGGGCUCCUCAUGAUCCAUGUGGAUGAUCUGUUGUGGGCCGGCGGCACAAAAAUGGAUUCCAUCAUGGAGCGUGUCAAAGCCAAGUACUCCUUUGGCUCCCUGGACACCAAUGUCUUCCGCUAUUGCGGAAGAAUGAUAGAGCAGACACAGGCCGGUGUGAAGGUGACAUGCCCCGAACUCAUCACUCGAGUUCGGCCGAUUCAGCUCGAACCUCGACGACGAGGGCAACGGGAGUCACCGGCGACUGAGUCGGAGAAAAGCCAACUCCGAUCUGUGAUAGGGUCCCUGUCGUGGCUCGCACGGGUCUGUCGACCGGACCUUUCUUACGGGGUCGCCAAGCUCCAGGUGUCGAUGACCAAGCCAUGUGUGCAAGAUUUGCUGGACGCCAACGCCCUCGUGAAGUACGCAGGGCGCACCAAGGACGAGGGCAUCUUCUACGAGGCCGGGGCUCUGGACUUUAAGUCGGCAGUGAUCAUCGCCAUUCAAGACGCAUCGUACGCCGCAGAUUUUGAUCGAAGUACCAGCGGCGACAAGAUGGGGUACCGGAGCCAGUCCGGGCGUCUUCUUUGUUUGGCGGACAAGAGCUACGCCACCACUCUGGAUGGCACUUUGUAUCCAGUGGAAUGGCACUCUACGGUGAUCCGCCGAGUGUGCAAAUCAACCCUACAGGCCGAAGCGCUCUCGCUGCAAUUGGGAGCCAAUGAAGCAGAGCACCUCAGGGGAGUGCUUCAUGGGUUGCUUGUUCCGAUGGCGAAGAACAACGCUACGCAGUGGAUGGUUGAAGCCCAAGACGGCCGACGAGUGGUCUGGGUAACAGACUGUUACUCGCUGCUCUCCCACCUCACCAACCCUACCGGGACGAGUGUGGCCGACAAGCGUCUGGCCAUAGACCUUUGUUCGCUACGGCAAGAACUUUGGAGAGCUGAAGGCGAGGAGGUCGGAGACCCUCUUAGCCGUGACCGUCCACCGGAGAGCCCAAGCACGCAACUCGUCUGGACCACCACCGACCGGAUGGUGGCUGAUUCACUCACGAAGAAAAUCGAUGAUGUACAACAGAGUGCUAUGAAGGACUGGAACCAGUACAUGGCGACCAGCUUCCAUGCAAACGACCAUCACGUCUGUUGGGACCGGCGGUUUACAUGGCAACUAUGCUGCCACCCGAACUUUGGCCCGGGAGGCAACGAAAAUUGUUGGGACGAUGAAAACACCUGGGCGCGCUGCUGCAAGCAAAAAGAGACGAAGGCCGUCGCGACGCAAGCGACACUGGCGGUGGCGCCACCGCCCGCACAGGAGAAGGCGCUUUCUCCUGAAUCAGAGCCUUCGACGUACGGCCUGGCUCGCGUGACGAGCACGGUUGGCUCCGGUGCCAGCGCCCCGAGGAUCACGGCCGUCAGUGGGAGCUUCGCGCAGGCGCCGAGCCAAAAGGGAAAUCCAAAGUGCUGGUCAGAGGGCUUUUCGUUCGAACUCUGUUGCGCGGACGAGAAGUCUGCGGGGCAGUGCUGGACUUGGCCAUUCUCUCAGGGCUUCUGCUGCCUAGAGCCGCUGCCGCCGAGGUCCCCGCUUCAAGCUGGCGGCCUGAAAGAAGGAGUGGCUUCUGCCACAGCCGGCAACCGACCACGAACAAGCCGCUGUCCCCAUGCAGCAUCUGCAGAGGACGCCGGGCUUCUGGCUUGCAAGCUGUCCUUGGACGAGAUUGGGGCACUCUUCGAGCUUCCUGCCAUUGGAAGCGGCGACAAGGCAAGUGGCUGGCACGACUACCUCGGAAACUACGAGCGCCUCCUUUUCCACCUUCCGCUCUCUGCCAGUGUCCUCGAGUUCGGCGUGCGAAUGGGUUCUUCUCUGGCAAUGUGGUCCGAGUACUUCCCAUACGGCACCAUCGUAGGCAUGGACAAGAAUUUGGCGACCUUUAACACCCGCGGGAAGCCAGUUCUGACUGCCCACGGCGCUUUCACGCGAGGAAAUGUCUACGUCAUGCAGGCGAAUGCCUCUGACGAAUCCGGGCUUGCUGCCUUGUCGGAGGUCGGCUUCACGGAUGGCUUUGAUGUCAUAGUCGACGACGCGAACCACUGGGCCAAGGAUCAGAUCGCACGUUUUGAGCUCUACUUCCCCUCGGUGCUGCGGCCAGGUGGUGUCUACCUCAUCGAGGACGUUCACAUACAGGCUCCCUUCACUGCGGAUGGGAAUCAGGUACGAUCAUACCUCGCGGAUCUCAGCGCGGGAGCCUACCUCAGCCCCGAGAUUCUGCUUGGCUCUCACCACAUCCGUGCCUCGCGGAAGUCUUCACAGGACUGGCGGCACAAGGUGGAAUGGGUUACCUUUCUUAGAGACAUGGUGGCCAUCGGCAAGUCGGAGGAUGCGAGCUGA